GGGUUUAGCGUCUGGUUUUGCCCUAUUGUCUGAAAGUGUGAGAGAGCCAUGGAAGGGCCACGCAAGGAUCUUCUGGAACUGGAGCUGAACAACAACUCUCCGUCUUCUGCUAUCGAAUCUGCACUUUUGGUCUGUAAGAACAAGAAGUCUUCAUCUCUGCCAUGUCCGCCGCUUCCUGAUUCCAAGCCCCACAUCUCUCCUCUUCCCAAAAGCCAAUUUCUUGACAGAGUGAAAGGCUUCUUGGGAGUCAUUGCUGAAUCCAACAAACGGCUGGAGAUUGAAGCAAAGGAUAAUUCAGAGGCUGUUGACAUCGAGGCUCUCACAGGAAACGAAUCUGAAGUUAUCGAAAUGGACCUGAUGCUGGGCGUGGCGGAUCUCAACACGCCUGAAGCGGUCAACGCUGCAGAAGCAGCCAUCGCCGGAAAUCGACCUUUGGUUCAUUUGCCUGCGGGAAGUAGUGACUCUGAAUCGGAUGAAGAAGAAGAAGAAGAAGAAGAUGACGAACGUAUAGAGAAGAAGAGCUCUGAAGGUGAAUCUAAUGGGAAAGGGAAGUCGAGAAAAAGACCCAAGAUUGAGGAGCUCUCUUAGAAUUAUCAAUUCUUGUAAAAUAUGUAUGUGGGACGCCAUGAAAAACAUACGAAGACAUUUUCUUUGAUCAAAUCUAUAAUAUAUGAGACAUUGUAUUCAAUGUGGUUCUUGAAUACAGGUCAAUGUCUUCGACUUCAA